UGGAAGCGAUUGCUUAUCUCUCAUAUCUCUCUCUCUCUCUGCUCCGUCCACAGUGAUCUGUCAUUUGUCCUCUAAGUUUAGAUACAUCCGCCCCAUUGAGUCUCAGACUGGUCCUGAAAGAGGACUGCGCUGGGGGGGAAAUAUUGAGGCUGAGUGAGCGGUUUAAUCUAACGGACUCUCUAAGUGCGCUAUCUCUUACCCGCCAUCUCCACUGAGCAGUUUCCUGCCUAGCUGUGCUGUGUAGGGGAAUGCGCGAGGGAUGCGUGACGCCGGAACAGUGGAGGAUAUUCUCGGCAGCGCUGCUAAUUGCUGUGAUUCAUGUUCCCUUUGAGUGCCUGUAACGAGUAGGCUAUAGCGAGAGAUUAAGAGAGAGAGAGAUAAGUGUAUAUCCGCUCACAGGAGUCAAAUGUCUUGGCUGUGGAUCUAAGAAAUGAUACAGAUUAAACGGAAAUUUUAUAAAAGACAAAGGAGCCUUCGCGUUUCAAAGUUUUUUCCUAGUGGUCUUUUUAUUUUUCUGAUGCGGACACAGUUCCAUUGCCUCCAACAAUGCAAUAAUGGAAUUGCACGUGGCAGAAUGAUGACCAGCGGCGCGCAGGACAUAGGCUGCUGUCAAAAUACUCACCUAUUUGUUUUAUUGUGCUGCUCUAAGAGCUCCAGACAGUGAUCAGUCAUUUGUUUUAAAGUGGGAGAAAAUCUCCUCUGAUCCCGUCUCUUCACUAAAGAGAUGUUGCACUUGCACAGCGAUUCCAGGAAGAUUGACGUGCGCGCGGGGGGACCGUUCAAUCGCUGCCUCCUCUCCAGACUCAGCUUGUUUUAACUCUUGGGUCAUCAACUUUUAGCAUCCCGUUUCUACCGAACUCAUCACAUUAAGAUUUACACGCGCAUCUUAAAGGGGUUCCUGUGGUCAGUGCUGAACUUGUUGAACACUGGACUGUGCACGGUGAAUUGAGGCAAACCUACAAAUACCCUGGGUGCCGUUGCCGGGCGGAAGAGAGACAUGAUUGACAGCAAACAAAGCUGAGCGGCCUGUCACUCAUCUCUCCAUCAGCGUGUCAAAAAGGCUGCCUCCUCCAGGGCUCUCGCUCUAGCUCUCGCCUCUCUCCUCCUUCACACCGACUCCUCCUCCCUCCCUCCCUCCCUCCAUCCACUCCUUCUCUUUUUAUCUCCUUGACGGGCCAGUCACCCCGUAACUUCGGUGUGUUGUGAAUCCCCCAUUCCCUCCCUCCCGGAGAGAGAACUGUCGGAGAGACCUGAAACGGAGUACAGAGAGGACUCCAGACCUAAAGAAGUGGUGCCCCCCCUCGCCCCUCCAUCUCACACCCCUCACCCCCCCCCCCCCACCCCCACCCACCACCCCACCCACCAAGCUGUUAACAGGAGGCUGGCAUGCUGCCACAGUUCUUUAGCUCCUCUCUCCGUAAAGGUUGGAUUAUUUCAUAAACACAAAGGCACAGGCCUUUCCCUCUGUCUCUUUGUCUCUCUGUUUCGGGAGAGAAGGAGAGGGAUUCCCCAUUGAGAAAGCAAUAGCCCUUUUCUAGAGGAGACCCAGAGUGUCUGAGAGGAAGCGGCGAUGCGUUUCCCUCUGGUGUUGACACUGCAGGCACUGUGGGCCAGUGUGUGCCAGACCAUGCAGCACUACCCAGCCUGGGGACACUACGACGUGUGUAAGUCUCAGGUGUACACGGACGAAGGCCUCACCUGGGAUUACAUGGCCUGCCAACCUGAGGCCAUGGACAUGACCAAGUACCUGAAGGUUACGGUGGACCCACCCAACAUCACCUGUGGAGACCCACCUGAGACAUACUGCGCCCUGGAGAACCCGUACAUGUGUAACAAUGAAUGUGAUGCCGAAAACGAGGACCUGGCCCACCCACCGGAGCUCAUGUUCGAUUUCGAGGGCCGCAACCCCACAACCUUCUGGCAGUCUAGUUCCUGGAAGAAGUACCCCAAGGCCCUCCUGGUCAAUAUCACACUGUCGUGGAGCAAAACCAUCGAGCUGACCGACGACAUUGUGGUCACCUUCGAGUCAGGCCGCCCGGAACAGAUGGUUCUGGAGAAGUCUCUGGACUACGGUAAGACCUGGCAACCCUACCAGUUCUACGCCACAGACUGUCUGGACGCUUUCACCAUGGAUGCCAAGACUGUCCAGGACCUGACCCAGCACACUCUCCUAGACAUCAUCUGCACCGAGGAAUACUCCAGGGGCUACGUGUGGAAGUAUGACAAGACGGUGCGCUUCGAGAUCAAGGACCGCUUUGCACUGUUCGCCGGACCACGGCUCCACAACAUGGCGUCCCUCUACGGUCAGUUAGACACCACCAAGAACCUGAGAGACUUCUUCACCAUUACAGACCUGAGGGUCCGGCUCCUCCGACCAGCCACAGGGGCCACCAUGGUAGAUGAGAACAACCUGUCCAGAUACUUCUACGCCAUCUCUGACAUCAAGGUCCAGGGAAGGUGCAAGUGUAACCUUCACGCCAAUAGUUGUGUGUUUGACAAAGAGACGCUAAAUUGUGAGUGUGAGCACAACACCACGGGGCCGGACUGUGGCCGCUGUAAGAGGAACUACCAGGGCCGGACGUGGAGCGCAGGCUCCUAUCUACCCAUCCCCAAGGGCACGGCAAAUACCUGUAUCCCCAAUAGCAUUGGUCCAGUUAACUGCGAAUGCUUCGGACACUCCAACCGCUGCAGCUACAUCGAGCUGCUAAACUCCGUCAUUUGCGUGAGCUGUAAACACAACACUAGGGGCCAGCACUGCCAGGAUUGCAAGCAGGGCUACUUCCGAAAUGCUUCUGCGGAGCUGGAAGAUGAGAAUGUGUGCAUAGACUGUAGUUGUAAUCCCUAUGGCUCAGACAGUGUUCGCUGUAAUGGCACAGGAUUUUGUAAAUGUAAGGAGGGAACUACAGGGGCUAAGUGUCGAGAUUGUCUGCCGGGAUAUUUGUGGGACAAUGGCUGCAAAUGCGUCAUCAGCCAGGGCAACCUCUCACUGGUCGGUUCAACUCCUGACCUGGAACAUCCUCAAGAUGCCCGAGUGUGUGACAACGAGCUCCUGCGCUGCCAGAACGGCGGUGUGUGUCUGAACAACCUGCGGUGCCAGUGUACCGCAGCAUUCACGGGCCUGCUGUGUGAGAAGCCCCGCUGUGAGUCGGAGCUGGGGGGCUGUGGUGGGCCCGACUCGGGCCAAGCCGCCCUCUCGUCUACACCACUCUCCACCUUGCUGCUGCUCCUGCUGGGCUCGACGCUGCUCAGAGAGGCCUCCUACAGGCCCACCCUGCUCUGAGAACCAGAGGCCUACACUGUCUACACUGAACUGGUGGAGCGAACUACCCAAUUACCAACUUCUCUACAACAACAACCAGAACUACAACGACCAUGAGCUUAGUCUACUAUACUGUACUGUACUAUAAUGUACUAUACUGUACUGUACUAGCUGUCCACCAGUCACAGCAAGGACACACGCUGUCUAUAAGGGAAUGUGCCAGAAUGAAAGCAAAACUUUAAUUUGAGUAAAAAAAUAAAAGUAUAUAUAGAAAUGAGAGUUUAAAAAAAUGAAAUCAAUAAAGAAAAAUAAAUACCAGAUAUUUAAAAAGAGUUUAACUUGAGCAUUUGCUUCAUAAAAAGUCAAACAACAGACAUCAGUGACCUAAGCCAUACCAGAGACUUUUCCCCCUAACUGUCAAAAGGAGGGACUGGAGAUGACAGACACUUUGUUCACUUCCUCUCUUAUCGCCACGGCAAUGGCAGCUGCGACCAAUAAGCGACAGCAAGCUCUAGCUAGCAAGGCCAGCAGCUGCUAGCUGCCCCUGUCUUAGGGCGCUUUGGGGUUUGGUGCUGGCUGGACUGAACUGCUUCUGGGCUGAACUGACUGACUGACUGACUGACUGACUGACGAAGAACUCCAUAGAACUGUCCCUACCGCUGCUGAAGGGUGGACAGACAGGCUGUUUGAAAAAUAAAACCUAAAUAGAGAAAUUGAGGCAGAGGGAAAAUAAAAAAGGAAAUGUAAGCAAUCUUUGCUGUCAGUGCAUUGUGGAUAUAAGGAAAUCCAUCCGGACUGCCACAUUUUGACCUGCAUCAAAAAUCUUGCCCACGUCUCUCUCUCGGUCUGUCUGUCUGUCUCUCUCUCUCUCUCUCUCUCUCUCUCUCUCUCUCUCUCUCUCUCUCUCUCUCUCUCUCUCUCUC